AAUUACACACACACACUCACAUGUACAGUUCUACUUCUACAGCUGUAUCUUCAUUAUACAUAUAUGCUUUUUCACUUUCCCCAAACUUCUUUUUUUGAUUUUUUUUCUUCCUUUUCUAUUGUUUCGAAUCUCCGACGACCGCUGUCUCGACACCGAAGCUUCUUCGUUUGCGCCGCCGCACACAACCAAUUGACGUAAUCUUCUCCUCCCGAGUCAACCCAACUCCUCCCGCCUUCCUUGACUGAGUCCAUUCUCCGACUAAAUCGUUGAUAUCGUCGUACAAGUAACAGAGAGAAAAAAACAACAACAAAGCAGCACUCCUUCUUCCGUUUAAUCCCCGAUCUCGUCUGAUCUAGGUUUUCAGUUCAGUCUUCAUUUCAUGGGGAAGCGAGGCAUCGGCUACUUCAGUAAAGAGAUUACUAUGCUCUAGUCUAGGGUUUCGGUUUUUCUCGCUUUGGGGAUUCGGAAUUCAGAAUAGUCAGCAAUCGGCGGCUACCCCCAUUCUGCGAGCUUAAUUUUAGUAAUUUUAGUAAUUUCUGUUGGUUAGUAUACUGAAUAAUCAAGUUCCGGCAAGAUGAUGAUUUCUAGGGGUUUGUUUGGGUGGUCGCCUCCGCACAUACAGCCAUUGACGCCUGUAUCUGAAGUUUCGGAGCCGCCGGAAUCUCCUUCGCCCUACACAGACAUGGGCACCGCGGAAGCUGAGCCGGUGGAGGUGGAUGAUGAGAUGGACGCUGAGGGGGAGGAGAUGGAGCCUCCGCCGGCGGCUGUGCCUUUCUCUAGGCUCUUCGCCUGUGCUGACCGCCUCGAUUGGGUUCUCAUGUUUGUCGGGUCUGUCGCUGCCGCCGCCCACGGUACUGCUCUUGUUGUGUACUUGCAUUACUUUGCGAAAAUUGUGCACUUGCUCCGCUUCCAUGGUUCCGACGUAUCUGAUGAGCUCAUCCAGAAGUUCAAUGAGCUUGCUUUAAGCAUUGUUUUUAUUGCGGCUGGAGUUUUUGUUGCGGCUUGGAUUGAGGUGUCAUGCUGGAUACUUACUGGGGAACGGCAGACUGCUGUGAUAAGGUCAAGAUAUGUCCAAGUUCUGCUUAAUCAAGACAUGAGCUUUUUUGAUACUUAUGGGAAUAAUGGAGAUAUCGUGAGCCAAGUAUUGAGUGAUGUUUUGCUCAUUCAAUCUGCUCUCAGUGAAAAAGUUGGAAACUAUAUCCAUAAUAUGGCUACUUUCUUCGGUGGUCUUGUGAUUGGAUUUGUCAACUGCUGGCAGAUAGCCCUUAUUACUUUAGCCACUGGUCCAUUAAUAGUUGCUGCUGGAGGAAUAUCAAAUAUCUUUCUCCAUAGGCUUGCUGAAAAUAUCCAAGAUGCUUAUGCUGAAGCCGCAAGCAUUGCAGAGCAGGCAGUUUCUUAUAUUAGAACGUUGUAUUCAUUUACCAACGAAACCUUGGCAAAAUAUUCAUAUGCAACUUCACUUCAAGCUACACUUAGAUAUGGUAUAUUGAUAAGUCUUGUUCAAGGGCUUGGACUUGGUUUCACCUAUGGGCUCGCAAUCUGUUCGUGUGCCUUGCAACUUUGGGUGGGAAGGUCCCUUCUUAAACAUGGAGUUCAUGGGGGAGAAAUUAUAACAGCCCUAUUUGCUGUUAUAUUGAGCGGCCUUGGGCUGAAUCAAGCUGCAACAAACUUCUAUUCUUUUGAACAAGGGAGAAUUGCUGCAUACCGACUUUUUGAGAUGAUAAGUCGGUCAUCCUCCACUGUUAAUCAUGACGGGCUUACUCUUGCUUCUGUUCAGGGAAACAUAGAGUUUCGAAAUGUAUAUUUCAGCUAUCUCUCUCGCCCUGAAAUUCCGAUUUUGAGUGGGUUUUACCUAACCGUGCCAGCUAAAAAGGCUGUAGCACUUGUUGGCAGAAAUGGCUCUGGGAAAAGCAGCAUCAUACCACUGAUGGAGCGGUUUUAUGAUCCUACCUUAGGAGAAGUCCUUUUGGAUGGUGAAAACAUAAAAAAUCUGAAACUGGAGUGGCUUAGAAGCCAAAUUGGUUUAGUUACUCAAGAACCUGCCUUGCUGAGUUUGAGUAUCAAAGACAACAUUGCUUAUGGACGGAAUGCCUCUUUGGAUCAAAUUGAAGAAGCUGCAAAAAUAGCGCAUGCACAUACAUUUAUCAGCUCACUGGAUAAAGGAUACGAUACUCAGGUUGGUAGCACCGCCCUGGUUAUGACAGAGGAACAGAAAAUUAAACUUUCUGUUGCAAGGGCUGUGCUGUCGAAUCCAUCUAUUCUGCUCCUUGAUGAGGUCACUGGUGGACUUGAUUUUGAAGCUGAAAGAUCUGUUCAAGAAGCUCUGGAUGUGCUCAUGUUGGGCAGAUCGACCAUAAUAAUUGCGAGGCGGUUAAGUCUUAUUAAAAAUGCUGAUUAUAUUGCCGUGAUGGAGGAAGGGCAACUUGUUGAAAUGGGUACACAUGAAGAAUUGAUAAACUUAGAUGGCCUUUACGCAGAACUACUCAAAUCUGAAGAAGCUACAAAACUUCCACGAAGGAUGCCAAUGAGAACCUACAACGAAGGUUCAACGUUUCAGAUUGAGAAAGAUUCUUCUGCAGUCGCGUACCAAGAACAAUCAUCCCCUAGAAUGGCCAAGUCACCGUCGCUCCAGAGAGUUGCUGGCCUCCACAUGUUCCGUUCUGCCGAUGUUACAUUUAGCUCUCAUGAAUCUCCCCAAAUUCUUAGUCCACCUCCAGAAGAAAUGAAUGAAAAUGGUGCUCACACGGAUGUGACUAAUAAAGAACCAACAAUAAAAAGGCAGGAUAGCUUUGAGAUGAGACUACCAGAGUUACCCAAGAUUGAUGUUCAUUCUGCGCAGCGGCAAAAAAGUUCUUCGGAUCCUGAAUCUCCUGUUUCCCCUCUUUUGACUUCUGACCCUAAAAAUGAACGUUCUCAUUCACAAACAUUUAGUCGACCACCUACUGAGUUUGAUAAUAUUCCGACGCCUGUGAAAGAAAAGAAGGGGACAUUGACUCUGGAAGAGCCAUCGUUUUGGAGGCUUGUAGAGCUUAGCCUUGCAGAAUGGCUGUAUGCUGUUCUGGGAAGCACCGGCGCUGCAAUAUUUGGCUCUUUUAAUCCUUUGCUUGCUUAUGUUAUUUCACUUAUAGUAACAGCAUAUUAUAAAACAGACGAGAAGCAUCAUGCAGACGGGAAGCAUCGGGAAAUAAACAAUUGGUGCUUAAUCAUUGCUGGCAUGGGAGUUGUGACAGUGGUUGCUAAUUUCUUGCAGCACUUCUACUUUGGUAUAAUGGGGGAGAAAAUGACUGAGCGUGUGCGAAGAAUGAUGUUUUCAGCAAUGCUUCGAAAUGAAGUUGGAUGGUUUGAUGAGGAGGAGAAUAGUGCUGAUAAUCUGUCUAUGCGAUUGGCCAAUGAUGCUACUUUUGUGAGAGCUGCUUUUAGCAACCGGCUUUCGAUAUUCAUACAAGACGGUGCUGCUGUUGUAGUUGCUGUUCUCAUUGGGAUGUUUCUGCAUUGGCGGUUGGCACUUGUGGCCUUAGCUACUCUGCCCAUUCUCGCGGUUUCUGCUACAGCACAGAAGUUAUGGCUUGCUGGAUUUUCAAAGGGUAUCCAAGAAAUGCAUAGGAAGGCAUCUUUGGUCUUGGAGGAUGCUGUUAGAAAUAUUUACACCGUCGUGGCAUUUUGUGCUGGGAACAAGGUUAUGGAGCUCUACAGAGUGCAACUUCGGAAAAUAUUCACGAAAAGUUUUCUCCAAGGAAUGGCAAUUGGUUUCGCAUUUGGCUUCUCUCAGUUCCUUCUUUUCGCUUGUAACGCUCUUCUCCUUUGGUACACUGCUCUUUCUGUCAAGAAGGGGUACAUGCCUUUGUCGACAGCUCUGAAAGAGUACAUGGUCUUCUCUUUUGCAACAUUCGCACUUGUCGAGCCUUUUGGUUUGGCUCCGUACAUUCUUAAAAGAAGGAAGUCUUUGACAUCUGUCUUCGAAAUAAUCGAUCGAACCCCCAAGAUCGAGCCUGAUGAUAACUCAGCCUUGAAACCCGCAAAUGUUUAUGGAAGCAUCGAAUUAAAGAACAUUGACUUUUCAUAUCCAACUCGACCCGAAGUCUUCAUACUGAGCAAUUUCAGUCUCAAAGUCAACGGAGGUCAAACUGUAGCAGUGGUUGGUGUUUCAGGGUCCGGAAAAAGCACCAUCAUAUCUCUAAUAGAAAGAUUCUACGAUCCACUUGCCGGUCAGAUAUUACUCGACGGGCGAGAUUUGAAAUCUUACAAUCUGAGAUGGUUAAGGAACCAUUUAGGCCUCGUUCAACAGGAGCCAAUCAUAUUCUCAACAACAAUAAGAGAGAAUAUAAUAUACGCGAGGCAUAACGCAAGUGAAGCUGAGAUGAAAGAAGCUGCCAGAAUAGCAAACGCUCAUCAUUUCAUAAGCAGCUUGCCUCACGGCUACGACACACAUGUUGGGAUGAGGGGUGUGGAUUUGACCCCCGGUCAAAAGCAAAGAAUUGCUAUUGCCAGAGUUAUUUUGAAAAACGCACCUAUUUUGUUGUUAGAUGAAGCUAGCUCGUCCAUCGAAUCAGAGUCGAGUCGAGUUGUGCAGGAAGCUCUGGAUACUCUCGUUAUGGGGAACAAAACGACCGUUCUGAUUGCACACAGAGCAGCUAUGAUGAGGCACGUUGAUAAUAUAGUUGUACUUAACGGUGGGCGAAUCGUGGAGGAAGGGAGUCACGAUACACUUAUGGCGAAGAAUAGUUUAUAUGUUCGUUUGAUGCAGCCUCACUUUGGUAAGGGUAUGCGUCAACAUAGGCUUAUUUAGACGCUCAAUUAUUUUUUACCAUGUUGCUCUAGUCCGUUUCAGCUUAUUAUGCCAUCAUCGGUUGAUUGGGAAAAAAAGGUCUUAGUUUAUAGAUUCUAUGAACUAAAUCAGAUAGCCACUGUGUUCGAUAAGUUUCUCUAUGCUGGUGGUGGGACCCGUGUUGGCAUCUUUUACGGAGGGAAAGCAAGUGUUUGAUUAAGGGGUAAAAGUGGAAUUUGGUUUAUUCUGUGGGAAUAUAUUUUGCAAGAUUAGAUGCAUAUUCUUUUGGAGGCUGGUAGAGUUGAACUUUUCUUACCUGCUUCUCCAUGGUUGGUAUAUUGAUUUGUUAGUCAGAGAGUGGAACAAUUCUUAGGAAUUUCUUUUAUAUUUUUUAUUUUUGUUUCUAUUUUUCUUAAGUUGGUGGUUGUAUUAGUGUUUUUUUUUCUUCUUUCUUGGUGUUCUCGAGUGCGGUUAAUUAGCUUCGAUUUUGUAACAUAUAUUGUGCUGCUGCCUCUUCUUAUUCUAACCAGAGUUCAGUUCUCUUGCGAGAAGUCGAUUGUGUAAACUUUGUAAUUUAUUUGUACAGAAGAGAUCAGAAGAUUUCGGGUUUUUUCUCUUUCAUGGUUUUGGU